UAUCAACAUGGCGGACGGAAGACGGGUCAUCUUGAUGGUUUCAACCUUUCGAAGACUCCUUCAAAAUGCAGUAAAUUCCAGAUUUUAGGAGAAGAACUUAUUUUUUAAGCUCAGUAUUCUUCUCCUGGCGAUGGCACAGUGCACGCAAAGUGCUUUUGAGUUUAUACAAAGCGCUUUUUGCCCUAUGGUUGCCGUUAUGUGCAGUGAAGAUGCCGAGAAAGUCUCUCAGAAGAACAACUUGAGUUUUGUGGAAAUGGUUCGUCCAUUCUGCCAUCUUACAAGUGAAGCUCAUAUGAGAGAUCCCUCUGGUGUGAUCCAUCCAGUGAAAAACUGGCAUAUCCGACUAGUUGAAAUGUCUGCCACUCACCCACCUCAGCAUGUUGUGAACAAAUUGUUGAGUGAAGUUGUAUCACGGACACAGCCAUUAAACAAUGAUCCUAGCUCCCUGACUCCUGAUGCUCAGGCAAGAGGUUCUGCACCUUGGUUUGAAGCUUUCCGAGACUGUUUUUUUCAGUUGGUGAAACCGUCUGAUCAUGAGUUUAUCAGACACUUUCUGGCUUGCCUGAUAGUUGUUUCUUCUCAUCAUCCUGAUCCUAUGAAUGCUUUUGCAACCAUGAGCUCACAGCAAAUAGAACAACAAUCUGACCAACAUGGCCAUUUCAAGUGGUUCACCAACACAGUGUUUAAAUACCAUCUUUUGUUACAUGAUGUUAGUGUUGGUGAAGAGUCAAAGGCAGAAUCAAUUUACCAGAGUAUGAAGUCUGUAUAUGGUACAAAUGCCUGCCAUAUGCUACAGAUCAACUCUGUCAGUAAUAGUGGUUCCAAUCCUCUUCCAAACCUUCCUGAUCCAUGGAGUCAAUUCAUAAUUCCAACUAGUGAGGACACAUUGGACUGGGAUGAUGAUGAAGUGGAUGCCAAUGCACAGUCUGUAGAAGAUGAUCCUGAGAAUUGUGCUGUUGAUGAAAACUUUGAUCCCGAGGCAGCAGUCCAUGAGCAGACUGAUGGAGGACGGGUACGCAGCAGCUCAGGACCAAUUCUGAUUGAUCCUUUGAGAUUUGAUGACAGUGCUGAGAUUGAGGAUGACUUGGAGAAUGAAAAACUAUCAAAACAUCUUCCUGGCAAACAUAGUGAGAAACACCAUCAUCAUCUUGCCAGUCAUUACCGUUACUUUUCCAGUCGGCAGUUCUCUGGUGGAACAAGAGGCCCAACAGCUCAAAGAAAUCAUGGAUUGUGCUUGAGUCUGAGCGAUCAUGACAGGAUCAAGAUAUUCAUUCAUGAGUUGGGUUAUAGAGGACUCCUCCAGUAUAUUGAGAAACUUAUGAGAUAUCUUAAUGAUCAGAUUGUCUCGCGUAAAGGUCUCCAUCGCUCAAUCUUCAGUGCAACAAAGAAGUGGUUUGGUGGAGGAAAACCAGCUGGAAUGGCAUCUGGUUUGGUUCCAGGAAUCAUAUACAGUAAUGAUUCCCCCGAGCUAUUCCAACGUAAGCUGGGUGAUUUGGCAUUUUUGGUCCAAAACUAUGAGCUUGCAUACAACAGUUACCAUACAGCCAAGAGGGACUUCAACAAUGAACAUGCUUGGUUUUAUUUUGCUGGAGCAUUGGAAAUGGCAGCCAUCUCAGCUUUUAUGGCAUCAAAUAAUCGUCCUUUUCCAACACACUACAUGGAAACAUCAAUCACCACGUACCUCAACGCAUGCAGACAGCACCAGUUUGCUAUUAGAGCCACCCUCCUCAGUGCUGAAACUCUCAAGGCACGAAAUAUUUAUCUUGACGCUGCCAUGCAGUUUAUGCGAAUGACUGCAGAGGAUUCUGAUCUUCUGUGUGCUUUGUUUUUGGAGCAAGCAGCACAUUGUUUUCUUCACAGCAAUCCACCCAUGAUUCGCAAGUAUGCUUUUAACAUGAUCUUGGCUGGUCAUCGUUACAGCAAAUCUGCGCAGAGAAAGCAUUCCUUGAGAUGUUAUCGGCAAGCUCUUUACGUAUACAAUGAAAAGUCAUGGCACCUUGCAGAGGACCACAUCAACUUCACUAUCGGUCGCCAGUCAUUUAAUCUUCGUUUGUUGGAGGAUGCUCAAUCAUUUUUUAGACAACUGUUGGAGUACGAAAGCUCUCAAGCACCAGAACAACAGGCGUCCUACCUCAGAGAAUUCCUCUUUGUUUUUAAGCAAUUAAAGGAUAUCAAAGUAAAAGAGAAAGCACAAGUGAAUAAGCUUCCUGUUCUACCUUUACCCUUAAUUGUCCACGAUUCAACGAAGGUUAUACCAUGUUAUCGACACAACAGUCUUCAAGGCAAACAACCUGAAAGGACACCUGUGAACAGUACAUUCGAAACAAAGGACAAUUUUUUUUAUCAAAAAUUCAGUGCUAAUGAUGAGUUAAUCAAAAAUAGCAACUGGACUUCUGUUGGACAAACUUCUUUUGAUGAUAAAUUUAAUCAUACAUUGGCUCAGAGGUGGAUUAAACUACAGCAAGAAGCGUAUGAGAGUAUCAAUAUGACCACUUUUCCUCCUUCGUUUCGAUGCCAAACGCCGUGUUUAAGCUCAAAGACUGAUAACAGAGCGAGGCCUCUCGGUGUUGUUAAAGAGACUGUUGGAGUAGAAGUUGUUCUUAAAAAUCCCCUCAAGAUUCCAUUAAACCUGACAAAUCUUUUGUUAUUAUGGGAAUUCACCCCUGAAGGUCAAGAAGAUAGCGUCUCAAAUGAGUUUUCACCAGUGGAAGAUGUGGUCAAAACGGAAAUAAUCAAGAAUUUUGAUAUCAGUGGAAAUGAAACAAAAGCUGCCCGUCUUACUGUGAUUCCGUGUCAGACGGGGCGACUACAUAUCACAGGAAUUAAAUACAGCUUGACUAGUGUCGCCGUCAAUGGACCAGUUGAAGAGAAAAUCUCCGUCCCUCCUGGGUUGAACCCGGCUCUGUCAGACAUCAGCAUGCAGGGGAGGUUAGACUUUGAUCAGAGAGGUCCUCGACUUAAUAACACCAAGGCAGAAAAGACGAGUGUCAUCUAUGGUCCAGACUAUCGUCUUAACUUGGAUGUUGUAUCGCCUAUGCCGUUACUUGAGGUUCGGUUCUCUGGAUUUGCUAACAAACUGCUUUGUAACGAAGUGGUCCAAACCAUGGCAGAGUUCACUAACUGUAGUGAGUGUCACCUUGAAAACCUCUACAUCGCCACACCCAACCCCGAGUUCUUCACCUUUGGAGUCACAGGACAUACGGCGGUGAAUGUGAAAUGCAGCUUAGCUGCGAGCGAUGUCAGAAGAGUCUCUCAAGUUCCCAUUCCGGGAGGUAGACUUCCGCCUGGUCAUACGACCAAGCUACCAGUUUGGAUUCAAGGUCAUGGCAAACCUGGCAGAUUCAAACGAGAAAUGCUGUUUUACUACCAGUCUGCAGGCAUCAAAUCUGCAAUGAGUUAUCGAGUCCUUCAACAUGCCUUUGACGUAACCACGAAUAGUUCUGUUGCUGUGCGCGCCACGGCCAGGCGGAACAGACACUCCGUUUCUCAACCAAGUUCUGAAGAUCAGAAUCAGUUGGUUAUUGCUUUGGAUGUGGAAAGUCUUGUACAGGGUGAAGUAGCAAGGAAACACGCGGUAUUCUCCAUCGUUCAAGUAUCUUGUGCAAGCAGGAAGUGGACUUUGCAGCCUCUCAGCCACCACAAUGCAGAUGGUGCUAUUGAAGUACGAUAUGCCGAAACAGUAAUUGUCCAGUUCAAAGCAACAAAGCACAGCGGUGCUUCUGAUUCUUCAGAUGAACUCCAUUUCAGCCACGUUUGCUUCGUUGAAAAUGAGAUCGCAGCCUCGUGUUCUCCAGCCGUUGACUUCUUCUUCAGAUCAGACGCCUGGAAAGAGCAGAAACAAUUCGCCAAGAAACUUGACUCUGCGAGUGUUGACGACACUUCACAAGUGGAUAUUGGUUUGAUUGUGUUCUGGCAGACUUCAUAUAUAGACAAGGACUUUCAAAAGCAAAUGGUCAAUGGCCAGAGUCACGUAAAUAUCAACAGAUUGGCGGAAACAGUGUCAGCUGUCACAAAACCACUGGUACCGCCGUUCAAUUCCUCUUUUCUUGAAACGACGUCACAAGGUGACACUGAUAGCGUUAGUAACUCAGAACUACUUGUCAAGUAUUCCUUGCGGCAUCCUGCAUCGCUCCAAGUCAAUUUUUCCUCUAGCAGGUUGGCGCGUGUUGUGGUGGAGCUGUCGUUACACAACUGUUGUUCAACAACCGUCGACGUGUUUGUGGAGCUAGUCCCAAGUGUCGGAAACUCCUCAUCAGUGUCAGAAGGUGAAUCGAGCAAUUCCACAAACAAUACCGUUUCCUUCGACAAGGAUACAGAAUCUACGUCAUCUCCUAGCUCAUUCACUUGGGUUGGACAGACAUCGAGAAGAUUUCAAUUAGACCCGAACGGAACUUCGAUGUUAAAAUUCAACGCCCUGGUGUCGCUUCCCGGCGUCUAUAAUAUGAACAAUUUGCGCGUUCUUGCGAGAAUUUCAGAUGAACACGAACCUGGGGGUGUCUUAAUUCUCCAGAAACCGUGUCCGCCAAGCUUUACAGUCGUGGAAAACAUUUUUAGCAAUCCUAAGGACAAAAGUUGACUUCGGAAACUAGCCUUUGAAAUUCAGUAUUACUUUUGGAAAAAUUCAGUAUACCCCGAGUGGCCAGAAUUUUCGGGGCAAUGUGUUGAGGUAGAAAAGUGUAACAGUGUAACUGUAAAUAGCUUGUAGGACAGGAGAAACAGGAAGACAUUAAUCGAUCAAAGAAACAAUAGAUAGGUAUCAAUUCGUAUGAAUCCAGGUUCGGAAUGCAGAUCUGAAUUAUUAUUCCGUGUUUCUUCAUAGUUUUGAUGAGAUGAUACAAUACCGUGAAAAUUAUAUUUUUUAAAAAACGGUAAUAGUUAACGGCAACUCAGUGGGAACAUUUACUAUAUGCAAAGUUCAUCGAGCCAUAAUGAACCUUACAUAAAGUUAUUAACAAGGAUGCUGCAUAUUUGACGGUCUCUCGUUCAGAAGCCUGGGUACAAAAACUGCGGUUUGCAUGACAAUGAUUGCCUCGAAAUGUUAGGUAUGUUCGCCGCUACUAUUUUGAUAGGGAUGGCAACACUCGGAACUGAUCGCGAAUUUUACAAAGAUCCGUAAGUGAUAAUGCCUUAUUCACUGGACUGUUGUUAUGCCACGUUGUGACAGAUCGUCAAGGGAGUAGGAGCAUAUUGUUUAAUGAACGCAUUUACUUUGCUGCAUAGCAAAUUUCGAGGGACGCGAUGUGAGUUUGAAACUUUCACCGUCAGUUUUUAAUCGUCACUUAUGUUCGUCUCUACGUUUGUCUGGCUUUCUACUCUCAUUCUUGUGGUACUUCCAUUUUUAUCAAGGCGAGUGUUAUUUGGCCAACGACACCUGCUUUGCUUGUCAGUACAACUGCCUUACCUUUCUCCAUCAUAGAUUACGGCAAAUAUAGGGUAAUUAAGUCAACUUUUUAAAGGAAAGA